UUUAUAAACCCACUGCGGCAAGGCGGGUUAUAACAGGCGAAGCUGCUUCUCACAGAGACUCCGUCGCACCGACUCAGCGUGAGGUCUCAGCCCCGCCGUUCCACAUCAUGCGUGAGUGUAUCUCAGUCCAUGUCGGCCAGGCUGGCGUGCAGAUGGGCAACACCUGCUGGGAGCUUUACUGCUUGGAACAUGGGAUUCAGCCAGAUGGACAGAUGCCAAGCGAGAAGACCAUUGGAGGAGGGGAUGACUCCUUCACCACCUUCUUCUGUGAAACUGGAGCUGGAAAGCAUGUGCCCCGGGCUGUCUUUGUGGACUUGGAGCCCACUGUGAUUGAUGAGAUCCGUGGUGGCACUUACCGCCAGCUCUUCCAUCCAGAGCAGCUGAUUACCGGCAAGGAAGAUGCUGCCAACAACUAUGCUCGUGGGCACUACACCAUUGGCAAAGAGAUCAUUGAUAUAGUGCUGGACAGGAUCCGGAAACUGGCUGACCAAUGCACAGGACUCCAGGGAUUCCUUGUCUUCCACAGCUUUGGGGGAGGCACUGGCUCAGGAUUCACUUCCCUGCUGAUGGAACGGCUCUCGGUUGACUACGGCAAGAAGUCUAAGCUAGAAUUUGCUAUUUACCCAGCUCCACAAGUCUCCACAGCUGUGGUGGAGCCCUACAACUCCAUCCUCACCACACACACCACCCUUGAGCACUCAGACUGUGCUUUCAUGGUGGACAAUGAAGCCAUCUAUGAUAUCUGCCGCAGGAACCUGGACAUCGAGCGCCCAACUUACACAAACCUCAACCGCCUUAUCAGCCAGAUUGUGUCCUCUAUCACAGCCUCCCUGCGCUUUGAUGGGGCUCUCAAUGUAGACCUGACAGAGUUCCAGACCAACCUAGUGCCCUACCCUCGCAUCCACUUCCCUCUGGCCACCUACGCUCCAGUCAUCUCUGCAGAGAAGGCCUAUCACGAGCAGCUUUCUGUAGCUGAGAUCACAAAUUCUUGCUUUGAGCCUGCUAAUCAGAUGGUGAAAUGUGACCCCCGCCAUGGCAAAUAUAUGGCGUGCUGCCUUUUGUAUCGGGGUGAUGUGGUGCCCAAGGAUGUCAAUGCUGCUAUUGCUGCCAUAAAGACCAAGCGCAGCAUCCAGUUUGUGGACUGGUGCCCCACAGGCUUCAAGGUGGGCAUCAACUACCAGCCCCCCACUGCAGUUCCUGGUGGAGACUUAGCCAAGGUGCAACGGGCAGUGUGUAUGCUGAGCAACACCACUGCCAUUGCUGAGGCCUGGGCCCGCCUGGACCACAAAUUUGACCUGAUGUAUGCCAAGCGGGCCUUCGUCCACUGGUACGUAGGGGAAGGCAUGGAAGAAGGGGAGUUCUCUGAGGCACGAGAAGACAUGGCCGCGCUGGAGAAGGAUUAUGAAGAGGUGGGCAUUGACUCAUAUGAGGAUGAAGAGGAGGGAGAAGAGUAACUAUAGAUGCCCUACUUUGUCUGAUGGACCUUCCUUUUCAUUAAAGUACGUUUGAUUUUAAUCUGAA